AUGCAGGCACUGAUUUCAUUGAUCGUGACGCUGAGCCUGGUCUCAGGCGCGCAGCUGAAGCUGCUGCCGUACGCGUACCUAGCGAGCCCGUUUCCGGUUUACCACCAGUACCAGAACACGAGGACAGGAGAGCACGCUUACAGUUACGCCGGUGGCCCCUCGGCCAAGGAAGAGAUCAAAGACGCCGAUGGGGUCACACGCGGCUCUUACAGCUACGUGGACGCCAACGGGAUCCUCCAAUCCGUCUUCUACGUUGCGGACGAGCAAGGCUUCCGCGUGGCCGCGACCGAUCUGCCCACCGAUGGCAAUCUGAACCUGGAGAGUCACGUCAUCCUCGCCAGAAGCACCGACUCGGCGCCCAGCCGCACGAAACGCAGCGCGGAGAACGCUACCGAGAUCCCAGCCCAGGUGAGCCAGGCUCAGAAGAACGAAGGGAGUGCUUCAGGUGUGCGAACGAUCUACGAGAAGCCAGACGCGCCCGUGAUCGAGUCUCUGCCAUCGAUAGCGACGACCCAUCAGAGCCAGGUGGAGCUCGUCAACCGCGGACCCGAGUACGAGACAGAGCUCCUAGCCGCCGGGAUUCCUCUAGCCGCCUCUCGACAAAGCCAGGUCCAAAUCCACAAGAACGCCCGUGUCCAGCUCCCAGUAGGCGAGCUGGCGGUCCAGAACGUCCUGAGGAGUCCUUCCGUUCUUCCCCUGCUGACACCUCUACCCUCCUAUCACGAAAAUCGCAUCGAGCUGCACAAACAGCUAGGUAUAGAGGGCUUGAAGCUCAAGGACGCGGUGAAAAUCGAUUCCGAGCCGGUGGCAGUCGUCCAGUCACCUGGACCGUCCAUUUCUCUCGUUCCAAUCCUCUCCAAAGAGUCCGUCCCGAUUCUUUCGAACGUCAUCGCCAAGGAAGCUCUGUUGCCAACCGCAUCCCUGGGCAGCACAUCGGUGACCACCUCGAUCAGUAGCCACGGUAUCAGCCAAACUCACCCUACGAAGAUCCUCCAGGAAGCCCUGGCUAUUCCCAGCGUGCUCGCCAAGGAAGCUGUCCCCGUCGCGGUCGAGAAGAAGACUCUUCUUACACCUGUGGUCGCCAAGGAGGCUGUUCCAGUGGUACCAGUCAUCAAGGAGGCCGUUCCAGCCAGCCUAGGGACCGCCACCUCGACCGCUUCGAUCAUCAGCUACGGCGUCAGCCAGAUCCACGGGGAUUCGAACGUCAAGAUCGAGCCUACGCUGCUGCUCAAAGCCGCGCCAAUCGGUCAUCUGCAGCCGCUGGUUCAUUACCCUCUCUAUCUUCAUUAAGACGAACGACACCCCGCUGGGAGGACAGGAAUGCAUCGAAACGGACAUAUUCUUUUCGGAAACGACACGGCCAGCGAGAUGGGUAGCACGGAUGAGACGUCUGCGACCUUUGACCGAUCCAGGGUCUUCGAGGAAGGUCCUUCGCUAGGAUCGCAUGCACUGGCGAGAGUGUCGACCGAUGCUCGA